GGCGGCGGCGGCGGCCGGAGCGCGGCGGGGAUGAGCGAGGAGGGGGCGGGCGGCGGGGCCAGGCGGAGCGGCGGCUUCCCCAGCCCUGUCCCCAGCCUGGAGCAGAUGCUGGCCGCCAGCCCCGGCAAGACGCCCAUCAGCCUGCUGCAGGAGUAUGGCACUCGCAUAGGCAAAACCCCCGGCUACGACCUGCUCAAGGCUGAGGGCCAGGCCCACCAGCCCAACUUCACCUUCAGGGUCACUGUUGGGGACAUCAGCUGCACUGGACAGGGCCCCAGCAAGAAGGCAGCAAAGCACAAAGCAGCAGAGGUGGCCCUGAAGCUGCUGAAAGGGGGGGACAUGUUGGAGCCCCCCAACCCCGAGGAAGCCCGCUCUCCUUUGCCCCCAGAGCCCCCCCAGGCUGAGCUUGGGCCCCCCCCCAUCACCACCCCCAUCUGCUCAACCCCCCCUGGACCCCCCCCCUCCCCCAGGGUUCCCCCCCAGGAGCCAAAGCCCCCUGUGCCCCCCCCCCAGUCUGAGUGUAACCCCGUUGGGGCUCUGCAGGAGCUGGUGGUGCAGAAGGGCUGGCGCCUGCCUGAGUACACGGUGACCCAGGAGUCGGGGCCGGCGCAUCGCAAGGAGUUCACCAUGACCUGCCGUGUGGAGCGCUUCGUGGAGAUAGGCAGUGGCACCUCCAAGAAGCUGGCGAAGCGCAACGCGGCCGCCAAGAUGCUGCUGAGGAUCCACAACGUGCCGCUGGAGCCGCGCGACGGCAGCGAGGCCGAGCCCGACGACGAGCACUGCGGCCUGA